ACUGAAUUCCGCUCCUCUCUCACUCUCUCUCUAUCUCCGCACACCUUUUAUUACUGCUGUAUCCGUCUGCUCUCUUUGUCAUCUGCUUUUGCAAUUUCUCCCCGAAGUCCGAUAGGCUAAGCCUUCUGAAGGUGUUUACGAAGAAUUAAAAUUUCCGACGGGAAACCUUUGGAGGAUACUCGAUAUUGUACCUUCUGUACUCAUUCAGUGGCCAUCGAAGCAUCAGUUUUCUUCCAACUGUGGCGAUUCCAGACAGUUAUUCCCUUUCCUUUUCCGGUAAAGGAGUUUUUACGGUUCUUUUCUAAGCUCUGUGACUUUCCUAGAAAUUUCUCCAUCUUCUCUUGUACCACAGGGGAGCAGUGUUACAGUACUGUUACUACUUGUUCUCUCUCUCUCUUCGUGCUGAUUCUACCGUUCGUUUUGCUACAUCCUUUUUCUCGACUCGUGUUCUUUUAUCUUUUCAGUCCAGGUUCACUUUGUUAAAGAUCUUUAGUUAACUGGUUUGUUCUUUGUCUAUUAAUCUGUUGAAGGUUUGCGGAUUGUUUCCCCAUCUUCAACUUUCCUUGAAAUUUCUCGUCCUUUUUCAAUAGAUUAUUUAAUCCCUUCAUCUUUAUUUUUACGGCCUUAAGCUUCUCUUUAACGUUCGCUCAGCUUUCUUUUUUUCACCUUCUUUAUUCUCCUCGUGUCGAGUCUCAGAAGAAUCUGCCUUUUCGACUCUAUUUCUUGCUUUCUCCUCUCAUCCUCUCCUGGGUUGCUGCCUUUCGUUUCCCAACCUUUUCUUUGUCUUCAAUGCAAGUGUAGUAGAGCACAGAGAGAGUCUGAAAUCUCCUGCAAUGGACCAGAACUUCUUCUGCCCGAUCAAAUACAGUGAGCACCGUCACCUUACUAAAAAAUUCGUGAAGCCAUCGGUGAGGCCUAAAAAUGUUGCCGCUUGUCGAAAUCCAAGCGAGGUAAAUGUUAUUGGGGGACCCAAGGUCGUACGGAUUUCCGUCACCGAUGCCGAUGCGACGGACUCGUCUAGCGACGAGGAUGAGCUGUUCAGUCGCCACAGAGUAAAAAGGUACGUUAGCGAGAUCAGUAUCGAGCCCUGCUCUACUGAUAACUGUAACGUCAACGGAAGUUGGAGAAGCAGAUCUGUACGGAAUGGGAGGAAAAAGUCUGGUGGAGGGGUAAUCGACACUUCGGUUAACCGGCGCGCCGUGAAACUCAACUCAACAAACGUUAAAAAGUUUCGCGGGGUGAGGCAGCGGCCAUGGGGAAAAUGGGCGGCUGAGAUUCGAGACCCCGCGCGACGUGUACGGCUGUGGCUGGGUACGUACGAUACUGCCGAAGAGGCAGCAAUGGUCUAUGACAAUGCGGCGAUUCAGUUAAGAGGACCUGACGCUAUGACGAACUUCGUCACUCCGGCUAAAGCCAAGCAGGAAACACAAGUACCAACAUCUUCAGGCUACGACUCCGGCGAAGAGUCGCACAAUCUCUCCUCUCCAACGUCUGUGCUUCGGUUCCGUUCUCCGGCCAAUGAGGAAUCCGAAUCUCAAAUCCGACAAGAAGCAGUUCCACAACAACCGGCAAAAGAAGUUCAGUACGAAACGAGUUUACCGAAUGGUUUCGGCGAGUUUUCGCCUUUGGAUAUACCGUUCUUGGACGAGUUUCUGGAGUUUAAAACUCCGUCGACAGAACUGUUUGAUGAAACGAGUUUCGUGGAUAGUUUCUUCAGGGAUGAUUUCGGUGAUAUCUUCCUAGGUUCUUGUGGUGAUUUCGGGUCGUCGUCGUCGUCGUCUACGUGGCAAGUGGACGAUUAUUUUCAGGAAAUCGGUGAUUUGUUUGCUUCCGACCCCCUCGCUGUUCUAUGAGAGGAGACGUUGAAAGUAGAAAAACGACUUCCGCCGUUGUAUUGUCGAUUCGUCGGCAAAUUUUGAAGCGGCGGGAACUUAGUUUCGGCAGUUUUUCAUUGAUUUUAUUUAAAAUAUUUAUUUGUUAUAUGUGAAGUUUUAAAUGUCUCCGUCAAAAUAAAAACGGAGAAUGAGUGAGAUAAUGAAUGAAAUCGAAGCCUUUUUAGUUUCAAUUGAAAA